AUGGCUGCACCUCAAGUAAUUGUGGUCGGUGGUGGCCUCUCUGGCCUCAGUGCCGCACACACCGUCUACCUCAACGGUGGCAACGUCCUGGUUCUGGACAAGCAGGCGUUCUUCGGUGGUAACUCUACCAAGGCCACCUCCGGUAUCAACGGUGCUCUCACCCGCACCCAGGUCGAUCUCGGCAUCCAGGACAGCGUCAAGCAGUUCUACGAUGACACCCUCAAGUCGGCCCGUGACAAGGCCCGUCCCGACCUGAUCAAGGUCCUGACCUACAAGUCCGCCGCCGCCGUCGAGUGGCUGCAGGAUGUCUUCAACCUCGACCUCACCCUCGUCUCCCGUCUCGGAGGACACACUUUCCCCCGCACACACCGCGGUCAUGACGCCAAGUUCCCCGGUAUGGCCAUUACCUACGCCCUGAUGCAGCGAUUGGAAGAUCUCGCCGAGAAGGAGCCCAGUCGUGUCCAGAUCAUCAAGAAGGCCGACGUCACCUCCGUCAACAAGUCUGGUAACAAUGUCACCGGCGUUACCUACACUGUUGACGGCGAGAAGAAGGUCGCCGACGGUGUCGUCAUUCUCGCUACCGGUGGUUACGCCGCUGACUUCAGUGAGACUUCUCUCCUCAAGAAGUACCGCCCCGACACCUACGGGCUGUCCUCUACCAACGGUACUCACGCUACUGGUGACGGCCAGAAGAUGCUGAUGGCCAUUGGCGCCAACGGCAUCGACAUGGACAAGGUCCAGGUCCACCCAACCGGUCUCGUCGACCCCAAGGACCCCGGCGCCAAGUUCAAGUUCCUGGCUGCCGAAGCCCUCCGGGGUGAAGGUGGUCUCCUCCUCAACUGCGACGGCCAGCGGUUCUCCGACGAGCUCGGUCACCGUGACUACGUCUCCGGCAAAAUGUGGGAAGAAAAGGAAAAGGGCAAGUGGCCCAUCCGCCUCGUCCUCAACAGCAAAGCCUCCAAGGUCCUGGAUUUCCACACCCGUCACUACACCGGCCGCGGCCUGAUGAAGAAGAUGACCGGCGCCGAGCUCGUUGCCGAAAUCGGCUGCGGCGAAGCAGCCCUCAAGAAGACCUUCGACGAGUACAACCUCAUCGCCGAAGGCAAGAAGAAGGACCCCUGGAACAAGCGCUUCUUCGCCAACAUGCCCUUCAAGCUCGACGACGAGUUCCACGUCUCUGUCAUGGAGCCUGUUCUGCACUUCACCAUGGGCGGCAUCGAGAUCAACGAGCACGCCCAGGUCCUCAACAGCGAGGAAAAGCCCUUCGAGGGCCUCUACGCCUGCGGUGAACUCGCCGGCGGCGUCCACGGCGCCAACCGUCUCGGCGGUUCCUCCCUCCUCGGCUGUGUCGUCUACGGCCGUGUCGCAGGCGACUCCGCCACCCAGCACCUCCUCCAGAAGCUCCUCAGCAACGGCGGCGGCGCCGCCUCCCAGCGUCUCGGCCAGCUCUCUCUCCACAUCGACCCCAACACCCCAGGCAAGAUCUCUGUCGAGUGGGGCAGUGGCGCCACCGGCGGCAGCCUGCCCGCUCUCCCUGUCCCCGCUGCUGCACCUGCCGCCAGCGCCGAGGCCCCAGCCCCCAAGCCCGACCCCGCGACCUUCAAGGUUCCCGAGACGGAGUACAGCAUGGAUGAAGUCGCCGAGCACAACACCAAGAAGGACUUCUGGGUCGUGGUCAAGGGCGUCAUCCUCGAUCUCACCAACUGGGUCGACGAGCACCCCGGCGGCGCAAACGCCCUGUACAACUUCAUGGGUCGCGAUGCUACCGAGGAGUUCGCCAUGCUGCACGACGACGAGGUCAUCCCCAAGUACGCCGCUCAGACUGUGAUCGGUCGUGUCAAGGGCCAGACCCCCAGCUUGGAGUUGUAG